AUGUUUGAAGGCGAGCUACAGGAAGCAAGGAAAAUAAUAAACGAUACGAACAACGAACGCGAAGAAUUGGAAAAACGAAUUCGGAAAUUGAUGGAUGAAUUGAUGGAAUACAGAAAACGAUAUGAUGAUGCACUUCAAGCACAUCGAACUGAUCGGGAAACCAUUGAUGAGUUAUUGGUAU